AUGGGAGAUGAGGACUGCGAGGAACGCGAGCGUAACAAGCUAGGUAGAUGUUGUACAGCCCCUUGGUGUAAAGUUCGCUACGGAACAAACGGUGAAACGUCGUUUUUCCGAAUACCCACUGAUCCUGAACGUUGUCGUAAGUGGAUCGAUUACGUGAACCGACCAGAGUUGGCUUACCACUCGCCGGAGCAUCUUCACAACAACUUUCGGCUGUGCGCUUACCAUUUUCGCGACGCCGACUAUGUGUCCGUAGGAAAUCACGCCCGACUGAAGAAGACCGCCGUACCGUCGGUGCCCCCGCCAGCGGACUGGACUCGGAAAUCAGUUGCUCACCAACAAGUCUCCAAGCCUCAACCGAAAGGAUUCGACCGGGGCCUUGAACCAGAGCAGAUUCUUGGCGUAACGAAUGCUUCUGGAGAGAUGAUGUUCCUGAUUCAAUGGAAAGGCGCUGAGGAGGCCGAUUUCGUCAAGGCUUCAGAGUGCAACGUCAGAUACCCGCAGAUGGUGAUUUCCUUCUAUCAGAAACGACUCGUGUUCGAGUACUAGUCGAAUGAUAAUCUACCGUGAUCAUGUGCUUAUAUCGAUCAUAAUCUUUCAACUCGGUAGUUUGACCUUGUACAAAGUCUUGUUCAGUCCUCAUGCUGUACUCCUCUCGAUGAAUCAUCAUACCCAAUAAAAGAUGCUCGCGAAUAGAUCGUG